AGAGGUCAGGGAGGAUGUGGCAAUUGGGACCUUUCCCAGGGAGGAGGAACCUGGGCUUAUUCACAGGGCGGGUGCCUGUGCUCUCAACCCAUCUAGUCUCACCUGAGUUCCUUUCGGGGCUCUGAACUGAGUUGACUCUGAGUCUCAGACCUCUGUCCUCCAUCUUUUUUGGGGUCCCUCUCUUCCUAGAGCCUGAGUGCUCCAUUCCUAGGGACUGGGGGUCCUCUAGAGCCAGGGAAAGCAGGAAGAGACACCUACUAGAGGAGGUACAAGACCUGGAAACCAAGACUGGAGGAGGGAACUUCCAGACAAUGAGUGGUGAGCUGGCGGUACUCUGACCUGUCGGGCUGGAACAGUAAAGAGUAACCAGAGCUGCUGAUCAUACUUUGUGUCGGUGUCCUGGGACCACCCGAGGAUGCUUCCCUGGCCUCUUGUCGUCUCUGCCCUGAUUCUCCCAGUAUGGGGUGUUUUCUCCUGGGAAAAAACACAAGCUAAACAGAUGUCAGAAGGACUGCAGCAACUGCUUGGCAGCAUCUCCCAGUUCCUGGAGAAAGGCAAACUGGGCCGUGAUGAUGUCCUCGGCAUGGUCUCUCGAGAGGAAUGGAGGGCAAAAGCAAUUGGCUGCAGCUCUAAGCUGAGCAGGCCAGUGAAUGUCCUUGUCAUACACCAUGUUCCUGGACUAGAGUGCCACAACCAGACUGUCUGUAGUCAGAAGCUUCAGGAACUACAGGCCUAUCACAUCCGCAACAGCUGGUGUGAUGUGGCCUACAAUUUCCUGGUUGGGGAUGAUGGCAGAGUAUAUGAAGGUGUUGGCUGGAAUGUCCAAGGCUCACACGAUCAAGGCUACAACAACAUCUCCUUAGGCAUUGCCUUCUUUGGCGCCCAGGAAGGCCACAGUCCCAGCCCUGCCGCUUUGUCAGCUAUGAAGGGCCUGAUUUCCUACGCUGUGAAGAAGGGCCACUUGUCACCCACGCACAUCCAGCCCCUUCUUGUGGAAAGUGAAAACUGCCUGGUCCCUCCACGGAAGGGGAGACAGAAGAAAGCUUGCCCCCACAUUGUUCCACGGUCUGCUUGGGGUGCAAGAGAGUCCCACUGCCCCAAGAUGACUCUCCCUGCAAAGUAUGUCAUCAUCCUUCACACUGCUGGGAGAACCUGCAGUCAGUACGAUGAGUGCCGCCUGCUUGUCCGAGAUCUCCAGUCCUGGUUCAUGGACAGGCUAAACGCAAGUGACAUUGGGUAUAACUUCCUCGUAGGCCAGGAUGGUGGUGUUUAUGAAGGGGUGGGCUGGAAUCACCAAGGAUCCCGCACCGAUGGAUACAAUGACAUUGCUUUGAGCAUCACCUUCAUGGGUGUCUUCACAGGUUCCUCACCCAAUGCAGCUGCUCUGGAAGCAGCCCAGGACCUGAUCCAGUGUGCUGUGGACAAGGAGUACCUGGCCCCCAACUACCUGCUAAUGGGCCACAGUGAUGUGUCUAAUACUCUGUCCCCUGGACAGGCAUUGUACAACAUCAUCAGGACAUGGCCUCACUUCAAGCACUGAGGGAGGCCCUAGCCCAUUCUGAGGAUGCUCUUCCUCCUACUGGGUGUCUGUCCUUACCUCCCAUUUUGGAUUAGCAUCGCUGUCCUGUCAUUUCAAAGCUUUACCUUGCUCAUUUCCUGGGUUGGGACAACCAUGUCUUCUCUUGGUGACAUUCACCCCUGUUCCCCAAGUUUUGUAGGUACAGUCUUGAAUCUUCUUUCCUGGGUACUUGCCUUCUCAGACAGGUGAGGUAAUGGGCUGGUUCUUGUCAUAAUGUCAAUAUCCCUAGUUAGCUGCCCUUCUGCUUGGUACACAAGCAGCUGAGGUUUGUCUGGUGGCUUCCAGUGCUCAUCCACAGCCCAGGCAGGGUGUCCUCCUCCUCUGCUCACACAUCUGCUUGUGCAUAUGUGAAUGCUCCCUUUGUUUAAGGGUUUAGGUUUCUUGCAGGCAUAUCUAUUCUGUUCUAGUUUGUGAAGUUUUCCCAGAGCAGCGGCUGAGUUUUCCUCACCACCGGGUAGCCUAUGUCAGCUUUGUGGUCCGUGUCUAAAUGUAAGUAAAUAUUGUAGAAGUUUGUUGGAGAAAUCGAUGAACAAGUUAGAGGCCCAAGUCCUUUUCCAAAAGUUUGCCAUCACCCCACUGUGGAAGUGCUGUGGUCCAGUGACCCAUUCUUCCAUUGUUCUCUGCACUGGUACUUCUUGGUUGGAGGCUUGGAGCUGACUAUGUUGACUUGUCUAUAACAGAUGCCAUGUCUCGAGAGUCCUGUGCCGUUGUAUCCACAGAGCACCCUGAGUGCCAGGACCACCCGCUCCUCCAAGGCCAAGACAGACAUGUGCCAAUACUUGCUGUCCAGUACUGUGGCCUGCCUGUGCCUGGAUGGGUCAUGCUGGGCUGACUCUGCUGCUCUGCAACCCUUCCUACCCUCGUUCUUUGUUGUAUUUAUUGGAAACACAUGAAGUGUUGUUUUUCUCUGUGCUAUUCUGCAAAAUGUAAGGGAGAGUAAGAGGGAAAGAGGAGAGAUGAAUAAAAGGAAUAUAAUGCAGGGGUUGUCUUGUUAACAUUUGCUUAAAUAAUGUUUUGUCUUGUUUUAUAUGCUCUUGUUGCUCUUAUUUUAAUAAAAACAAACACAAGAUCUGCCCCCUCCCUUUCUCAUUUUUGCUGGGGACUGAACCUAGGGCCUCACACAGCUUACACUGUAGCCAGAUAAAUAUUUCCUGCCUAAACCUGAAUAACC